CUUAACGGUAGCAGCUAACAAUGUAGCCACAGUUCAUUCAUUUACCGACGCCAAAAGUUUUCUUUUUUCGAGACUAUAACGCGCAUGUCUUCCAAUAGACAUUUAAACAAGGGAACUGCCAUUUGGCUCGACAUGUUUGACCGAGUCUUGGGAUUCAGAAAGCGCUAUAUUAAGUGAAAGUAUAGAACAAUCUAGUCGGCAUUGCGUGUAACUAAGUGAACUUACAGCAUGACGUCAUAAGUCAUCUGUCAACUUGGGUCAACACGCUGUGAAUAAUCGGUGAAUAUGACGAGUUCGCACUCACAAUGAGUUUGCAAACAAGGAGUCCGGAUGUCAUGAAAUGAUUAAUGCUCGUGAAAACGUUGUAAUUCAACGAAGUGACGAGGUUUACGGUGUUCAGUAUUUUCAUUCAUGUUCAGUAUUUAGUUCGUAGCUAGUGCUGCAGGUGAGGGUGACGUCACCUGAGGAUUCAGGGUAAAAGUGUCGGCCGCGUGCAGUAUUUCACCAAAAAGAAGACACGUCUAUCUGGAGUGCAAUUGAAGGCGUCAUCUGGCUUGUGAGUCUGGGAUGUGACUACAUUACUGGCGAGAGUCGUCUACUUUUAUUGUGCUGUUGUUGUUGCCGUCUUCAGUGGAACUGCCAAUCAAAGUUGUUUUUCUCUUCCGUCGCUGCGCUACGUUUUGCAACAGAAGGGGGGCGCUGUCUGAAGCACCUCCAUUUCAAAAUGCGUGCAUGCAUCGGAUCUGAAGAGAAUUGAAGCAUAACAAGGAGCGAGGACGGCUUUAUGUUUAUUUGAAUUCAUGGUUCAAACCGACGCCUGCAUUGCCCGUGCUCUCAUUAAUGUUGUGCAGUUGUGAAAAUGCUGAGAUGAUGGAAACAUGUUUUGAUCUCAGGCAGAGACAAAGGAAAAUAUGUUCGCAUAGUUUCUGCAAACUAUGAACAAAUAAUGGGACAUGCUGCCUCAUCCGAUACCCAAUUUCCAGACCUAAAUCCCUCCAGUGCUGUAGGUGGGUGUGCGCUUGUGUUCUCUAUCCUGCAGCACACUGUUGUGUUUGUCUGGGCUCAUGUGCUGUCCCACUCUGCUCUCCUCCUCCUCCUCCUCCUGCCUCCUUCUCUCAAACCUCUUUUUGGGCUGCAGCUGGUUUGUUUUGUGCUACUCCCAGAGUUCAGGUUGCAGCAGCCAAAAUCGUCCCUGGCUUGCUGCGUGUCUAGUGAUAGGACUGGGGUGCAUGAUAAGGACGGCUCCCCUCCAGGCUCAAUAGGAAUGCAGAUUGAAUGACCUACUGUAUUUGCAGCCCCCUUCACGGACACAAACACAAGACUGCUCACACUGGCAUAUUUACACUUGGACGACAUGGCAUAAUUUUUUUCACUUUGUUUGCUCUCGCAGUUUUCACUGAGUCCUUCGUCUUUUUUUGUUCGCUGACAAAGCGGCUCUUUGUCUUCACUUACCUUCCCUCUCUACUGUGGCGCCACUCGUGUUUUUCAUGUCACUCCUGCCUCACGGUUCUAAUCAAUAAACAAAUAACCUCCCUGGUCCUUUGCAUUUUUUUGUUUGUUUUGGAUAUACGAUCAUCCUCUGCCUACGUUUUUCCUGCUGCACUGUAUACUAUAACUCGAGGUAUAAUCUUUCCACCUGGUACUAAAUCUCCUCUGCAGUCUCCACCCAAGUGGAUAUGCCAGUCUUUUAAAUCUUCAGCUGAAGAUUCAUCCUAUAAUAACGGGACUCAAUCGUGAACGACUCAGAGGACUAAGUGAUCUUAGGUUAGUCACCUGUAAACACAAUUUUUAUCUCUGGUCUGGACGCUAUUGACGAAUGAAAGGAAGCGCAACUGCAGCAAAGCAAGGUCAAAGUGUGGCUCUUCUUGCCUCCGUUUUAAGAAACAGCCUGUGUAUCAACCCCCCGAAAUAUUGUAUCAGCUCAUAUUUGGAUUUUAUUUGGUUACUUUAUGCAUAUCAAUGAAAAAUAAUGCCCCUUUGAUGCAACAACAAAUUACCAUCAUAAACAACUUAACUGUAAAACAGGAAACCGUCACAUCAUUUCCUAUAUUUAACCCACAUCUGAGCACUCUCCUUGUGUUGCACAUUCUUCUUUCGAAAGCAUGUCUUAAAUUUAUAAUAAUGCAGGUAGAUUUUGCUGUGCAUGGGUGUACUGUAUAUUGUCCUGUCGAACAGGCCCAACUCUUUUCUGAUAAUGCAUUUUUGUGCUAAUUUCGUGGUCCAGAUGGACAAUAUAUCUGUGCCUCCACUAUGACCUUGUUUUCCAGUCAAAAUUUUCAGCGCUAUUUCUUCAUCACUUCAUCAUUUUCACGUCACAAGUUAAAGUAAGCAGUGGUCUUCACCCACAGUUUAGUUUUGCAGGUUUGAGGGCAUCCAUGUGUGCAAAGCAUCUUUUUGCUUACAUCACCUAAUAUGGAUUUUUCUUUUCUUUGAAAUAACAUCCACAUUUGCUGAACUGUUUGCUGUAUAUAUCCACCCACUCACACAGGCUUUUUUUCCCUCCUUAGCUGUGGUGUUUUUUUCCCCUUGUUGUGGGUGGAUAAUAAAUUGUUUGCUUAACUGCAGAUGCUGCUUUGUUGUGCGCCCCAGUCUGAGUUAACACAUUUCUCUGUAAUGCUAAAUUACUAAUCUGUGGUUCACAACGCUUAAGAAAUAUUGCGCCGUUCCAAGGUCGUAUAAUGAUCAGUUUUGAUUUCUGAAUCAGCAGACAUUAGAUGUGUCAUUUCCUGCUCAGGAAGUGUAGUUCCGCUUUCACCUGUUCUUGUCCAGACUUGUUUAUAAAGAAAAAGUCAGUUCUGCUUUUUUUCCUCAGUCUCAGUCAGAAAUGUGUUGCUGCUCUCAAGCCUCCACUGUCUCAUUAAUCAGCGUGGAGUUGAUUUUCCUGUUGUGAUGGUUUGCCUGUAGUUCAGAUGUGGGCAUAGUGCGGCUCGGGGGCCACAUACAGCUCUUUGACUGUACUUUUGUGGUCCUCAUGAGGUCAUAGCAAAACUUCAAAAGUUUUCUUUUUUUUUUUUUUUUUUUUUUUUAAAUCUAAUUUGACACCCUUGAUGUAGUUGGUUUGUUGUAGCUACAAGGUAGCAAUGUCAUUUCAGUCUAGUUGGUCACGUGCCCUUCUUCAUUUAUUUAUUUAUGUGUGCUUAAAAAAUUCUUUCUCCUCCACUCGAAUCUUGUCUAAACUAUCAUAGUUGUAGUGUCAUCUGAGAGAGUUUUUACACUACAGUCUGUGUCUCGAGACACGGUCCUUUCAGCUCAAAAGUCCGAGAUAUGAGCACAAGCAACCCAGGUUUUGGACUUGAUCCCGCCUGAGAGCAGUACCUCGUCCUGGGACGUGCUCCAUGAAGGGAUGAGAUUUUUGCUUCAGGUGACUCGGUGCUUGAUGCUGGGAGCUAAGUAAGCAGCGUGCCUCCAGACCAAUUAUGAAAUCUGUGGUGCUGCUAAGCUUUCUGAGCGCUGUCUGGGUGGGCAGCAUUGUUCCAAAACAGUGGUGAUUUUAUUAUUAGCCAUUUUUACUUUUAUUGAUAAUCUUGGAUUCUAACCGAUUUCAUUGACAGUAGUCUUCAUGAGAACUCUGAGGAGGAAAGACAAUUGUUUUUCUUAAGUUAAUGAAGAUUACCAGACUAAUAAAUGAUCAUUCAGACCUCUGGAGCUGAUAAAAAUCGCUUGAAUGUCAGCAACGUCUGCCACUUCCUUGAACUUGUGGUGAGACUUGCAGGGUGGAUGAAGAUUGUCCGUAGUUUGCUCUGUGUUUCCGCUAUUUUUAUUGUAAAAUGAACCUGAAAACACUUGUCUACUUUUGCCUGUGAAACAUUUGCCGUACCACGUCUUGCUAAAGCUGCGGCUGACAUCUGUCAUGACUUCAUAAGUCAUGACCAUGAAUAUGGAGUUAACAUCUGUUUGUGUAAUUUUUUUUUUUAUAAAAUCAGUCAAAUGAGUCAAAUAGUUUUGUAAACGAUCGUUGAAAGUUUGGAACUCAUUGGUGGUUUCCUCCUGUGAUCUGCGUCAGCCAUCAGUAACGUCUUCCAUACCGCGAGUGUUGCAACUCACGAGAUGUGGAUAGCCACUAGGUUACCCCGGUAAACAAACUUGGUGACUGCGAUGGCCAAGCUACAGCUGCAAAGGGGCUGAGAAUAUACAAAUUUUGAUUAUAUUCUGCAAAAUGACUUUUCAUGAAAACCAUUAUGAUGCCACUACCAGUUAGGAAUCCUGCAAGCACAGUUUUGCAGUUUAGCUUGUCCCCAGGACACCCCUAGCUAAAAGCCAGAACCGGACUCUACUCUCUACUCCAGACCCGCUCGAGACGAAGUCUGCAGUGUGAAAGCCCCUGAAUUACACCAAGUCAACGUUCGGCCACUUCUCCAAACUAUACAUUGUGCCAUAAUGCCUCAUCUCUUCUGUCAUGAAUACUGCCUCUUAAAGCCAAAUUUCAGCUUUAUGGUCUCAAUAAAGGAUUAGCUUAUCUUGGUUACGACCAGUGUAAAGGCCUGCUUCUUGUCGCUUGAACAAGAUAAGAGAUAAGAUAAACCCUCAUUUUGUGGCCCAAGAAGGACUUUUUCCUUGUUCAAUGAAUUUGCAUAAUGAGUUCAAAUGGUCUAUCGUGUUUCAAUAGCUCUAGUGAGUGUUGUUUCCCCAAAAAGUUACUGUUGUAAAACAUGUAAUUGGUAAUAAUUAAUGUUUUCUUGAAGAAGCGGGUGUAAUAUAAUUGAAGAAAAAAAGUCUGUCAUGAUUCCCUGGCAAUUAAAUGUAAAAUGUCAGAUCAUGAGUUCUACUUUUCUUUUAAUGUUGAUGCCAUUUUUCUCCUGCUGUACCGCUGUGUUUAUCUCACGUAUACAUUGACUACCUGAUACACAGGCCCUGCACUGACGUCAGUAUGUUUUUGGAUUGGCAGCCACCUGUGUAUUCAAGGUCCCAGCUCACCAUCUUGUUGACCGAGUUCCUCACUAACUCACUCACCGAUUUAUUCGUCAGAUAGCUCUCCCCAAGUCAAAUAUUGGAUAUCAUAACUGUAAGUCAACACCAGACAGCGCUGGAUGUGUGUAAUAUGUUAUUCAUUCCUUCACAAUCUUAGCUCUGACUCGAUAUAGGUCAAGGGGUGGGACCUCAGGCCGGAUCAGGAGCAAACCUUCUUGUACAGUGGGCAGAAGUGGAAUACCUCAUGGAGCAUCCAGGCUAGUAACAAUAUGCGGUGACCCACAACGUUAUGCUGCUAUUGAAGGAGAUUUGAUAGCUGAUAUCUAUAUAUACACACAAUACGAAAUGGCAAGUGAAGUUGGUUGUUCUUAAAGGGUCUUAAAGCUGUAAGCUUGCUUCCAUGUGUUUCUUAUAUUCAUAUUCUUCUGCCUUUAUGUGUUAUGAAAAGAACUCUGUUGGGUUGAUUGAUUGAUUUUUAUGUAGUACUAAAGUUAUUGAAAAGCCUGCACGCCACUGCGGCCCUUUUGAGGACCGGUCUGACACCUGUGUUCUAGAGGUUGGCUGGAAGGAUGUUCAUCUGAGGUCGAGACCUCCUUUGUCCUCGCCGAAUUGUCAAAUGAAAAAUGGAACUGGAGAAGAAGGGAAAUUCAAAGAGAUUCAAAAGAGGCCGGGCAAACGAAAGAAGCAGAGUCUGAUGAAAGAAUUACUGAGAAGAAGAAACAAAGUUAUGCAUGAGAGGAUGGUUAAAAGGAAACAGGAACAGAAGGACAAAAGUGCAAGUUGUGGGGCUCGAAUCAAAGAAGGUUUUGAGAGCAAAGUCAACUAGAAUGGCUAAUAUAGAGGUGAUGGUGUCCAGUGAGGAGGAGCGGGUGUCGCUGCUGUUAAUGAAGGCUCUGGUCAGCAGGGGAAGUGUGGAUGCCGUCUGCCAGCAGAUGGCCUCGCACCCUCAGUACCUGGAGAGCUUCCUGCGCACACAGCACUACAUCCUGCACAUGGACGGCCCCCUGCCACUGCCAUACCGCCAUUACAUCGGCAUCAUGGCCGCCGCAAGACAUCACUGCAACUACCUGGUGUGCCUGCACACGGCCCAGUUCCUCAGGGUGGGCGGGGACCCCCUGUGGCUGCAGAGCUUGGAGGCCGCGCCCCCUCGCCUGCGCCUCCUUGACCAGAUCAACAAAGUGCUCGCCCACCAACCCUGGCUGACCUCCAGCUCACACAUCCAGUCGCUGCUGAAGUCCGGUGAGCAGUGCUGGUCCCUGGCUGAGCUGGUUCAAGCGGUGGUGAUCCUGGCCCACUGCCACUCCCUGUGCAGCUUUGUGUUUGGCUCCGACACAAACUCAGACUUUGCCCCUGUUGUUGUCAAAUCUCCCAAUGGUACGCCGCCGACCUUCUGCCCUUUCGAUGCUGCUAACGGCAACACCAACGUGCCUCAGACGCUCGCCGCUCCCCCCGAGCACAGAACCCGGCGGCGGUCUCUGGACUCCAGCUGUGACGUGGGCUGCCUGAAGGAGAGAAUCCAAAAGUCACAAGAGGAGCGGGAGAAGAGGGAAGAAAGGCUGCUGCAGACUCACGCAGACAUGGACGAGGAGGAGGACCUGAUUUUCCUCGCCGACGCUUCACGUUUCAUUACGGACCCUGACUUCUGCUAUGAGGAGUUCGCUCGCAGAGAAGACGACCAUUUCCAAGUAUUCAGAGUUCAGGACUACUCCUGGGAGGACCACGGCUUCUCUCUGAUCAACCGCUUAUAUUCCGACAUCGGCCAUUUGCUCGACGACAGAUUCCGCCGCGUGACAUCGCUCCCCUCUUUGCACAGCCCUGACCUGAAGAGGGCCAUCUGGAACUAUAUCCAAUGUGUUUUAGGAAUACGGUACGACGACUACGACUACGGCGAAGUGAACCGGCUGCUGGAGCGGGAUCUGAAGCUCUACAUUAAAGCGGUGGCCUGUUUUCCAGAUGCCACCAAAGCUCCAGCGUGUCCACUCAGCUGGACUCCACUCAAACCUUCAGAGCAGAUCCACGUGAAUCUUCUCAUCAUGGAGGCGCGGCUGCAGGCAGAGCUGCUGUACGCUCUCAGAGCGAUAACAAAAUACAUGAUCGCGUAGCUGCUCCGGAUGAGCAGCGCUUUGAAGGACUCAGAGUAGCGCCAUCUGUUGGUAGCCUCUUCUCAUGAAUGUGUUUCCUAUCUUAAUGUAUUUAUACCAUAAUGUGCCAUCAGCCCGCUCCCCUUCUCCCCCGCGCAACGUUGCCGCUCUCCAAGACAAUGUGCAAUUCAGAACCCUUGACAUUUGACCAGUUUUUUGGUUGUAGCAAUGGCCAACACUCUGUUUUGGAUUUGACCGGUCCAUGUAUAUGUACUAUGCUUUUUGUUCCGCCACAACUGCUUUUGUGCAGUGUUUGGUGCCGCCAGUCAGUGUUGAGCCACCCUGAAGUUUAAAUGCCCCUAACCAGAACAAACAUGUGACUCUACUGAAGGCACCGCUAGUUUCUUUUAUUUAGCACUUUUAAACUUUAUAUAUUUAUGAUGCUCCAGCAGGAGCUCUUCCUGACUCCCACGUGUUCUCGCGUUUGUCCCAAAACGGUUUCAUGGCUGUAGAGGCCGCCACACAGCCCCAGACACCAGCGCAUCAAACAAACUCAACAGUAUUGGUUCUCAAAGCUCAAGGCUCCUGCAUUCUGUUGUAGUACUCUAGAGGGCGGCAUUGCAUCGCUUUCACUUGCCAGCCUUUAUAAACUGAUAAGCUAGACAACCUUAAGGUCAACACCCUCCUGACAUUAAGCAAUAACUGGAUUAUGGUCAACAAAUCUCUCUUUAGAGAGAGGUUGAUGUGGAGGUGUUUUUCUGUGAGCGCAGCACUUGGGCUGUGAUCAGAGCUGUACAUAAUUUAGGUCAAUCAUCCGAUUAUUUCUGUCCCUAUCUUUAAAGACGGUAAUAAAUCCGCAGUGGAGUGUGUGAACUCAACCGGCUCAGAUUUCCCCAUGAAGCCAUUUAUCACCGAGCGUCCCGAACCAGAAGUCUUGCCCUGGUCAUGAGUUCCUCUGUUUUCCUCUGAGCUGUAUGCGACGCAGGACAAUGUGCAAACUGACUACACCUUUACUUUGUCUUUUAUUUGGCAAACUAGUUGGUUUGUGGGUGUGACAGUAGUGUAGAGGUGUGACCGCCUGUUUAGCCUUUAGGAUGGAUGGACGAAACAAGAAGAGCAUAUCUUCUCACGGUGCCUUCAGGCGGAACCGCGGGGCUGAGAUUUUUGAUGUGCUGGCUCCACCAUGACUGAGAUUUCACUGGAGGUGGACCGUGGUUAUCGGCGGCUCCUUCCACUAAGCCCAGCGACUCUACGACGACGAGCCUUCGACACAGAUGGAUGUGAAAACCUUUGAAACAAAUGGACGUUUAAAUAAAGAUGAAAAUACUUGGACAAAAAAAAGAGGAAAAGUUAAAGACCAAAAAAACUUUUUUGGAUAAUGUGAAGAAUGUUUUCUAUAAAGAUGUUCUAUGAAAAUAUU